CCCAUUAAAAAAAAAACACUGUUUAAAACAUGUUUUAAACUGUUUAAAACAAAUGUGUUUAAAACACUAUACUCUGUUUAAAACAAAUGUUUAAAUCAUUUUGUUUUAAACAUAACAACCCUGCAGUACAUGCGUUAUCGCUGAAUGUGUUUCAACUUCAUAAUUUUCUAAGCGACAAAAACUUUCCUGUUAAGUGCCGCAGGUACCAUAUGUUUUUUUUCUCAUCAGCAUACAUAUACGCGCAUAUAAUUGAGGUGUAAUUGAAAUUGGACAAUUUAUUUUUGAGAAGAAAAAUAACGUCAGCUGAAAAAAUAUGCCACAAAUAACAACGAUACUCAAAGGACAGCUUUUCAUACACGUUAUUAUUAUAAACUAUGCACUUUUAGUCGCCAGAGAACUGAUGUUUCAAUGACAAAGCUAAAAACAAAAAUAACCAUAUAAAGGAAGUGAAAUUUUAUUAUCAAGCUGGGCCAAUGACUCCUUUUUAUGAUUUUAUGAUGGCGCUGCUCCCGCACAGCGAUUAUUAAGCAAUACCACAAAUAAAUGAAGAGAACAGGCAGCUGCCUGAAACGGGGUAUGGAUUUGCCCGGGCCAUCAGUCACUGCGAACAAAUUUGUGUUGCUGGAAACAGUGCAAUUAUGAAUAAAGAUCUUUUAAUUAGUGAAGUUUAUCGAAAUCCGCCAAUUUGGGAUCAGCGACUUAAGUCGCAUUAUAAUAGAUAUGUAAUGGAUAAGUGUUGGGCAGCGGUUGCAACUAAUUGCAAAGUAACCGCUGCAGCAGCUAGGAAGACUUGGACGAUACUGAGAAAGCAGUUUAAACGACAUUUUGAUAAACUGCCGGUUUCCCGUUCUGGAGGCGAACCACCUGAAAAUAAUGUGAAAUGGCAAUAUUUCAAAAGUUUAUUGUUUUUGAAAGAAAUUUUUGAAAAAAGACCUGCAACUGUGAAUUUGAGCGAUGCUGACAAUGAUAUAUCGGUAGCUCCUACGCCGUCUUCCUUUACAUCAAGUGCUGGGUGUUCUUCUGAAGCUACCAGUCAUAUUCCCUCCUCUUCAAUUAAAGUAUUACUCGAUGCAAGGAGGGCUGAUAAUCUAGGGUACAGAAAACAUUCACGUCGGAUUCAGAUCGUGGGAAAAAAUUUAAUGGGUAUAGAAAAAGGGCAAAUUGAAAUGAUAAAGGCAAAAGUCGUCUCGAAUACAGAUCUCAAUGAUGAAGAUGCAGCCUUCUUUGCUUCUCUAUUGCCUCACAUCAAAAAAUUAUCACCUGCUAAGAAGUUAGAAUUUAGAACAAGGAUUCAAAGAUUAGUUGUAGAAAGCGUUUAUAAGGUGAAAAUAGAAUAGAGUAGAGACAUUUCAAAUUUAACAUUACUCUCUAGAGAACCUUCAUUUCCCAUGGCGUCAUUUCCUAAAACACAUUCUCUAGAAAGGUCCAACUUUGAUUAUACGACUUUUGAUUACGACUAUAUUUCUUCAAAUCACAAAACACUAAAACUCAAUUCACUUAUGACUUAUUGAAAUUGAAACGUACCCGACAAGUAUUGAAUUAAAACUGAAUCCCAUUUAAUACUACUACAUGCUAUUUAUAGCAGACAUUGUACUCGGGAUUUACCUAUACAUAUAAUGGAAUUCCCAGAAAGACGCGCUGCCUGACGUAAACAAUAAUUUUCUCAGAACCCUGGCGCCGGGCUGUCGAUGCAUUGUUGUGCUAUUUCGCUAUAUAUUUCAUAACGGCGAGUGUCCAUUCACGGCGUUGUGAGCGUCAAUGAACGUCAAGCAGCGCGGCGAGAUUAACUACUUCACUGUGUUUUUACACCUAUUGAAAAAAACUCAAAAUUAUUUGUUUGUAGUAUUAAAAAUAGAACUUAAAGUAUUCAAUUGGAAAAUGAAUAGGAGGAAUGAGAGGAACAUGUUGAAAAUUAAAUUGAAUAAAAAAUCACAGAAAAAACAACUGGAUAAGAAAGCAAGGAACUCUGAAUUGAAGAAUAGGAAAGUUGAACAUAUUCGGAGAGCCAUGGACAGAGAAUUAGAAUAAACUGAAAGAAAUAAUGCUUGGAGAAAAGUUGAAAUAUCAAAAAAUUCAUGCAGCCACCGUUGGAAUGGAAGAUUAAAUUGAAAAUAGAUGUGAUGUAAGGCACCCUGGGUCGUGAGAGGGUAUCCACAAAAGAACUUAUUUUAUUGUGAUAAGAUGUAGGUACGCACCAGUGAAAAAAAUUGAACCUUGAGGAUUCUGCUCUCAGUUAAAAACUAAAAGAGGAAGUUAAUAAGUUUAUCUAGCGGCUGGGAGAGGCGUAUUAUUAGACUAAGAGCCGGUUUAUUCACCUUCUGAUAAACUGUCAGGCAGGCAAUCUGACGGAUAAAAACGCAAGCUGUAAUCCCAUUGGUCGGUCAGUUAUUCGCUGACCAAUGGAAUUAUAGAACGAUAAAUUUAUUUUGCAGAUAGUUACCAGUUAUAAGUUUAUCUGAAGAUUAAUAAAUCACUUUAUGGAUUAAAGCAAGCACAAAAUUGUUCGAAUGAAGAACUCAAUAAAUGUUCAAUUGACAUGGGUUUCAGAAGAUAGGAUAGUCAUAAUUGUUUGUAUAUUAAAGGCAUUGAGAUCGAAGACUUUGUGAAGAAAGUUUUUAAAAAUGAUCUAAACUGAUAAUAAGAAAAAUUAUUUGAACAAAAAGGAAAAUCUAGAAGUCUUAUAUUUUAUUUAUUCCUUUUUGUUAACAUUCGUUCCCAAUACAUAGGUAUAUUAAUGAGAAAAAAAACAGGUUUAAAAGAGAUUCACACGAUAAGAAAGGUAUUCAGAUAUGACAUGUCCUUUAAUUUUGUUGUUUCUAGAAAAUAACAAUAUCCUUUGCAUUUGGUACGUUUCAACUUGUUCAUUGUGUUUCUAUUUAGGUUUAAAUAUAUUCUGUGGAAAGUCGUUAGGUUUAGAUUAGCUUAGUUUGUCUUGUAAGACGGCAUAAUUAUUGCUUACUUUGUUUAUAAUAGAAAUGUAUGAAUUGCGCCCUGUAGGUUCUAGCUUCAAAUUUUUGCAUAUUUUUUCACCCUAAGUAAUUAUUUCCGUUAUUUUCAGUUUAUAAUAUAUAGGUAUUCAUGUAGUAUAAAAGCUAUAAAACAUAAACUCGUGUUGCUCAUAACUUUCUUCCGCAUACUAGAUAAAUAUAAAAAUAAUUUUAAUCUGUGUCUUCUCUUUUAAAGUUGCACCUAAUUAAUUUAUUCUGUGUAUUUUCUUUUAAAGUUGCACCUAAUUAACGUAUGUCGGUAUUUGUUUUUAUUUUGAAUAAUGUAGAACUGUCCAAAAUAAUAAAUUUUAUGUAAAUGUUUUUUAGAAAAAUGUUUGUGUGAUGAUGGUUAAUAAAACCGAAACAUAGCAAAUUACAAACUAGUGUUUUCAUUGCAUGACCGAUUCCCAGGAUAAAAAAAAAGAUUUAAAUAAAACAUAAAACCACAUUAGCACGAUAAUACGCACAGUUCAGUAGACCCACAUUAUUGUGGUUUUAGUGCAAUUAAAACACAUCAACUUGAGCCUACCAGACUAGACUACAAAAGAUUUUCAAGUCUCAUUUUUAAAUUGCUUGCUUGAAUAAUGAAACCUCAUAACUUAAAAGGUUAAUGAUUUCUUACAUAUUAAGCUCAAUUUAUAAACUUGCCGUCCGGAUUCCGUUUGCGUUUGCGUCGUCCUCGCUGGUUACCGUUGUCUCUAUGCUGACAGCAAACUGUGAGGCCGACGGCGAGUAUAAACGAUCUUAUGGGAAUUCUAACAUUCAAUUGGUAACGGCGUGCUCGACGCAAACGCAAACGGAAUCUCGACGGCGAGUUUAUAAAUUGGGCUUUAUUGUUACCUACCACAUUUUGUAAUAAUGGAACAAAGCUUCUUUUCACACGCCUUAUUGAAAAAUACACAGAUCACAUCUUCAAAUAAAUAUCUUCUUGAAACUCUGGGUAUAUCUUCGAUACCUUUAUAAACCAAAUAUUGAUCUAUUUCUGGCAUAUAUCUAUAUAAAUUUGGUAACAGUGGAGCUUCUUCAAUGUUGGCUAAUAUAUCUUCAAAAUAUUUUGGUGUUAUCACAGUCUUUUUGUUUAUAAGAUAUUUGAAAAUUGAUUGUUCUUCAAGCGAAUCUAAUGUUACUUUUUCUAUUACAUAAUGUGAGCAGCAUGCGUUGAAUUUUUCAACAAUUUUAAUAUUCAGGCAUUUUAAAGUGUUUAUCAAAGAUGUUCUAAUGCAUUUUUGCAUUUGUUUGUCCAGUUGAACCUCAAAUGUGUCAUUAAGAAACCUAAAAUGACUAUUGAGGAAAGUAGAUCAAAAAUAUUAAAUAAAUCCCUUACGCAUAUUUACAGGAAGUGUUAGCCCCAAAUGUUACAACAUCUCCAUUACGUAAUUUGAAAGGGCCCUUUAUUUUUCGCCCAUUCACCCUAGUGCCAAAUUUUGUAUCCAAAUCUUCAAUUGUGGCCUCAUCAUUCUGUGAAAUAAACUCCAUAAAAUAGAAGCUAAGACAAAAUUUCAAAGGUGCCG